UUACAUGAAGAAGAGGAGAGGGAGGAGGGAGAUAGAGGUGAGCAGGAGGAGAAAAAGGGGGACUCAAGAGGAGAGAGACAGAUCUACGCAGUUCUCUGUUCCCAAAGUGUUCUCCGUAGCCCAGACACCCACAGAGAUUCACAGAAUUGGAUUGGGAAGAGAAGGGUAAGGGAGGAAAUAGAGAGUGCCUACACUGAAAGACAAUGUUUUGUGUGCAGUAAAUGUGGGGGGAAACUCAAGUAUAGAUCAUCAUUUAUUGUGCACCAGAAAGUCCACACUG